AUGGGCCUGAACUUGAAUUCUGAUUCUGCGGUUCUGGAGACUCGCUCUCAUCUCUACGACAGAAUCAAACUUAACAAGACACAUCACGAUCUUCCCUUGUUGGUUCCCUGGGAACCGAGGCACAAACCCCGGGGCGCUCACGGGCUGCGCUUGCUUCCAGGCAUCUACACGUUCGGCCUGUUCGCCACGGACAUCUUCGUGAACGCCGGGCAGGUGGUGACGGGGAACCUGGCGCCCCACUUCCUGGCCCUGUGCCGGCCCAACUACACGGCGCUGGGCUGCCAGCAGCUCACGCAGUUCAUCAGCGGCGAGGAGGCCUGCACGGGCGACCCCGAGCUCGUCCUCCGGGCCCGGAAGACCUUCCCGUCCAAGGAGGCGGCGCUCAGCGUCUACGCGGCCGUGUACCUGACGAUGUACAUCACCAGCACCGUCAAAGCCAAGGGCACGCGCCUCGCGAAGCCCGUCCUGUGCCUGGGCCUCCUGUGCUCCGCCUUCCUCACCGGCCUCAACAGAGUCGCCGAGCACCGGAACCACUGGUCGGACGUGAUCGCGGGCUUCCUGGUGGGGACGUCGAUCGCCGUGUUCCUGGUCGUGUGCGUGGUGAGUAACUUCAGGGGAAGACACCCCGAGAGCGAGCACGCCCGCGCGGCGGACCUGGCGCACACGCCGAUGAUCAGCAUCCCGCGGGUGGAGAGUCCGUUGGAAAAGGGAAUAAAUACCGGGUUGCUGACUGCACCUUCGGGUUCUCGGGCCCCUGCAGCCAUCGGUCCGGCAGGCGACCACAGGAUGCGGGAGGAAGAAGUUGCUGGCAGUGCACACCCGCCAGGGACACAUGGAGACUCCCCGCCCUCCUCGCUCCCUCUGCUCUGGCACCCAUGGUCCCAGGGACGCUUCCCCGUCGGUCCGGCUGCCACGGCGCGCUGAACGGUUCUGACCCAGUGGGCCUGGGGGUCUGGUUGGCACCAGGCAGCACCGGUGAUUUGGGUCCAGAGCCAACUGCCGCCAGGGCCCAGGGCCUGCAGAGCUGAGACAGUGGGUCUGAACAUCGGCUGCGCGUUACAGCCGCCUGGAGAGCCUUUGCGAAUCCCAGGGCCCCGGCCGCCUUCACACCAAUUAAGUCCAAGUCCCAGGAGAAGCGUCCGUGUCUUGGUAAAGCUCCUGGUGGUUCCUCGAGCAGCCAGGGCUCCUUUCCCCAGGGAACGGGGAUCCGAGGUCAAGGCCCAGCGGUAACUCGUUCAUUUAAUGACGGGACCGCGACUCCUCAUCCCAAACCCUGGGGCCAGAGGCUCCUCAGGACUCAGACGCUCCCAUUGUUCGGGGCCAACGCUGUGUGUUCUGUGAGGAGCAGGACUGGAAGCAGCGAUGGGCAUUGGAGCAGACAGACAGGCAGACAGUCCCCAUGGCCUUCCAUCCACCCAGCUCCAUUCUGCCCCCAGAUGGGUUUGUAGCAACCGUAUAAGACAUACUUGGGGGUGAAAGUGUGUCCACUAGAUCUGUAAACUUGAAGAAUUGUAACAUUCCAGCCAAUUUUUAAAUCUCCAUGGUUUUAUCUAUUUGU